GCUCCGCCUCCCCGCUCCAGGACCGCUUCCUGGGCUUCCUGCGCGCCGCCCCGCCCCGCCCAGGACGUGCACGGCGCGGGCAUGGCGGCUGUGGACAUCCGAGAUAAUCUGUUGGGAAUUUCCUGGGUUGACAGCUCCUGGAUUCCAAUAUUAAACAAUGGGAGCGUGUUGGACUAUUUCUCAGAGCGAAGUAACCCGUUCUAUGACCGAACAUGUAACAAUGAAGUUGUCAAAAUGCAGCGGAUGACCCUGGACCAUUUGAACCAGAUGGUUGGAGUGGAGUACAUCCUUCUUCAUGCUCAAGAGCCCAUUCUGUUCAUUAUCCGAAAACAGCAAAGGCAAUCUCCAACACAAGUUAUGCCACUGGCUGACUACUAUAUUAUAGCUGGAGUGAUUUAUCAAGCACCUGACUUAGGGUCUGUCAUUAACUCCAGAGUUCUCACUGCAGUGCAUGGAAUUCAGUCGGCUUUUGAAGAAGCUAUGUCCUACUGUCGCUAUCACCCAUCCAAGGGCUACUGGUGGCACUUCAAAGAUCAAGAAGAACGAGAGAAAACUAAACCAAAAGCCAAGAAGAAAGAAGAACCAAGCUCUAUUUUCCAAAGACAACGGGUAGAUGCUUUGCUUUUAGACCUAAGACAAAAGUUUCCACCCAGAUUUGUUCAGCAAAAGCCCGGAGAAAAGCCUAUCCCAGUGGAUCAAAUCAAGAAGGAGCCAGAACCGGCCCCUGAAGCUGUCAAGCCAGAGGAAAAAGAGACUGUAAAGAAUACUCAGAGUGCUGGUGCUAAAGGACCACCUGAAAAACGAAUGAGACUCCAGUGAAGGGAGAAGCUAUUACAUGUCUGGAUUAGUCAGUACCUGGAAAACAGGAGAUUCUUGCUCCCUUUUCUUUAUAUUUAAGCUCUUCCACUGAGACUGACAGUUCAGGGACUGAGAUCCCUGUAACAGCUUUUUCUGUAGAAACCUCUCAUGCAGGUGUUAAUGUCAGGAUGUGAGCUGCCUCAAAGGAGGUGUUUUCAGUCUUCAUCUUAUUUUGAAUAUUGGCUUCUGAGAAUGGUUUUUACAUGGACAUGUUCAGCAGCCUCCUGAAAUCUUUACAAACUCUUGCAUCCUUUGUGUCUAGGCUUCCUAUGUAAAAAGAAGAAACUUUUAUAUAUAAAAAGGAAUUGGAAUUCCUGGCAAAUAAAACUCCUGACUGCUGGAA